CCCCAUUUUGGCCGCUGCCCUGCACAUCUGCAUGGCAAGGGCCAGCUGGGCUGGGGGAGCGGCGGCCGCGCUUGGCAGGGCUAAGGAGCUCCGUUUGUUUUCUUUUCUCGCUUUCGCAGAGCCUGGACGGGGACCAAGCCGUACUCCAGAGGAUCAGGAAAUAUGUGAAAGCCAUUCACGUCUCCGGGCUGACCCAUGUGGAGAAUGAGGAGCAGUACAGUGAGGCCCUGGAGACCUUCGGCAACAACCACCUCUCGCAGAACAACCACGAGCUCUCCACUGGCUUCCUCAACCUGGCCGUCUUCACCCGCGAGGUCACCGCACUCUUCAAGAACCUGGUACAGAACCUGAAUAACAUCGUGUCCUUCCCCCUGGACAGCCUGCUGAAGGGACAGCUGAAGGAUGGCCGCCUGGACUCCAAGAAGCAGAUCGAAAAGGCCUGGAAGGAUUACGAGACCAAAGUGGGGAAGGUGGAGAAGGAGAAGGAGCGGGCCCGCUUGGCGGGGGUGAUCCAGGCCGAGCCGUCCACGGUGGAGGUGGCUGAGGACAUUCAGAAGGAGAGGCGGCUCUUCCAGCUCCACAUGUGCGAGUACCUGCUGAAAGCCAGCGAGUCACAGAUGAAGCAGGGACCAGAUUUCCUGCAGAGCCUCAUCAAGUUUUUCCACGCUCAGCACAAUUUCUUCCAAGACGGCUGGAAGGCUGCCCAGAACCUCUACCCCUUCAUUGAGAAGCUGGCUGUGUCCCUCCAUGCGCUCCACCAGGCGCAAGAGGAGGAGGUGAAACAGCUGACGCAGACCCGCGAUGCCCUCCGCAGCAUCCUGCAGCUGGAGAACAAGGAGGAAAACCUGAGCAGGAAGAACUCUGGCAGCGGCUACAGCAUCCACCAGCACCAAGGGAACAAGCAGUACGGGACGGAGAAGUCGGGAUUUCUGUACAAGAAGAGCGAUGGGAUCCGCAAAGUGUGGCAGAAGAGGAAGUGUGGGGUGAAGUAUGGCUGCCUGACCAUCUCCCACAGCACGAUAAACCGUCCCCCCGUCAAGCUGAACCUCCUCACCUGCCAAGUGCGGCCCCAUGCCGAGGAGAAGAAAUGCUUCGACCUGGUGACACACAACAGGACGUAUCACUUCCAAGCAGAGGACGAGCAGGAGUGUGUUGUGUGGGUCUCGGUGCUGCAGAACAGCAAGGAUGAAGCACUGAGCAACGCCUUCAAGGGGGAGCCCAACGGCAGCGGGGCGGUGGCGGGCGGAGGGGGGGAUGGCAGCGUACAGGAACUCACCAAGCUGGUGAUCGGCGAGGUGAAGAACAUGCCAGGAAACAAGCAGUGCUGCGACUGCGGGGCGCCAGACCCCACGUGGCUCUCCACCAACCUGGGGAUCCUGACGUGCAUCGAGUGCUCUGGCAUCCAUCGGGAGCUGGGCGUCCAUUACUCCCGCAUCCAGUCCCUCACCCUGGAUGUCCUCAGCACCUCGGAGCUGCUGCUGGCCGUCAGCGUCGGGAAUGCCCGCUUUAAUGAGAUCAUGGAGGCUACGCUGCCCACGCAGGACUGCCCCAAGCCCUCGGCCGGCAGUGAUAUGGCCGCCCGCAAGGAGUACAUCGUGGCCAAGUACAUGGAGCGGCGCUACGUGCAGAAGAGCGGCCGCGAGGACCCCCACCGCCUCUGGGACGCCAUUCGACCCCGCGACCUCCUGGCCCUGCUGCAGGCCUUCGCCGAGGGCCACGACCUGGCCAAGCCCCUGGCCAGCCCCGAGGGCCAGGACACAGGCGAGCUGGCGCUGCACAUGGCCGUGCGCCACGCUGACAGAUCGUCCCUUCCUCUGGUGGACUUCAUCAUCCAGAACGGGGGGACGCUGGACCGGGUGACGCAGGAUGGGAACACAGCUCUGCACUAUGGCGCGCUCUACAACCAACCCAACUGCCUCAAGCUGCUCCUGAAGGGCAAAGCUGCUUUCACCACGGUGAACGCAGCGGGUGAGACGGCUUUGGACGUGGCCAGGAGGCUCAAGCAUGUGGAGUGCGAAGAGCUGCUGGAGCAGGCACAGGCAGGGAAGCUCUCCCUGCAGAUCCACGUCGACUACGACUGGGACCCCCCCUCCGACUUCCCCUAUGACAGUGAGGACGAACUGGAUGAGAAG